AGUCCCUUUAACAUCUAUUUUUAUUGUACAAUUAGUUAUUAAUCAAUGAAAUGCUUCGUUUCUAUUUCCCGGACUCUCCUGGUCCUCCAGAAGCAGGAGAGAGAAAAAAACAUGUGUGAAGCCACGACUCUUAUUGUGAAGGCGAUGGCCCGGAAGUGAUGCUAACAGAAGAAGUGAAGAUGUCUUCUCUCUAGGCUGGUGUCUCACCGUCUCUCUGCUGUCUGUCCUCUCCGUGUCUCCUCACAGCGGAGGGAAUCCUCGGUGGAGGGCGACGCUCACGCACACGAACGGAGCUUGUGUGAUUGAACUGUAAAAGACGUCAGUGUUUCUGUGGUUGACAGGAGGAGACGGUGGACCUCUGGAGGGCGUCAGAGUGUUGGACCUGACGAGAGUGCUGGCUGGUCCCUUCGCCACCAUGAUCCUGGGAGAUCUGGGAGCUGAGGUGAUCAAAGUGGAGCGACCAGGUGCAGGUGAUGACACCAGAGCCUGGGGUCCGCCGUUUGUCGGAGCAGAGAGCGCCUAUUUCCUCAGCGUCAACCGGAACAAGAAGAGCAUUUCUGUGGACCUGAAGCAUCCCAGAGGAGCAAGCAUCAUCCAGGAGCUUGCAGGAGUGUGUGACGUGCUGCUAGAAAACUACCUACCAGGGAAGCUCCAUCAGAUGGGUUUAGGAUACGAGCAGCUGAGCAGCGUGAACCCACAACUCAUCUACUGCUCCAUAUCAGGGUAUGGACAAACCGGUCCUCAGUCUCAGAGUCCAGGAUACGACUCCAUCGCCUCCGCUAUGUCUGGGAUGAUGCACAUCACCGGGCCGGAGGACGGUGAGCCGGUGCGUCCGGGCGUCGCCAUGACGGACCUGGCGACGGGGCUGUACGCGCACGGAGCCGUCAUGGCUGCCCUGCUGCAACGCCACAAGACGGGGAGGGGAGUUCACGUCGACUGCAACCUGCUGUCCUCACAGGUUUCCUGUCUCAGCCAUAUCGCUGCUAACUAUCUGAACGCAGGGAAGGAGGCGAGGCGCUGGGGGACGGCCCACGAGAGCAUCGUACCUUAUCAGGCCUUCACAACCAGAGACGGACACAUCGUGGUGGCUGCAGGCAACGACCGGCAGUUCCUCAAAGUGUGUCAGGUUCUGCAGCUGACGGAGCUCUCAGAGGAACCGGAGUACAGAACCAACAAGCUGAGAGUCCAGAACCGCAAACAGCUGCUGCACACGCUGUCACAGAGGUUUCUGCAGGAGAAGACAGCUGAUUGGCUGAGGAUGUUUGAGGGCUCCGGUGUUCCUGUUGGACCAAUCAACAACAUCCAGGAAGUCUUCUCUGAUCCACAGGUGAAACACAACGGCCUCAUUCAGGAGAUGAACCAUCCGACGGCAGGACGCAUCGCUGUACCUGGUCCGGCGGUCCGUUUCAGCAGCUUCCCUGUCCACGAGCCGACGCCCCCUCCUCUGAUUGGCCAGCACACCGUGCAGGUGCUGCGAGACACCUUGUCCUACGCUGAUGACGUCAUCGAGGCGCUGCUGGAGUCGAGGGCGGUGACGCAGAACGAAGUGUCCUGAUUGGCUGAGAGAGAGAGAGAGACAGAGAGAGACAAUAAGAACAGAUCCAUGAAGAUGUCCAACGUCCUGAUGGCGUUUUUAAUAUAAUUAGACACGGCUCCUUAUGUCCAAUCUUUACCAACAUAAUGCAAAACUCCACUGUAGAAACGGGUUAUUAUAUCUGAUUGUUUUAUUACUGUUAACUGCACUUCAAAGCUGUUCCGAUGCUUUUGGAAACUUUAAUUAUUUGUCUUUGAAAAGAAAUAAAAACACAAAACAAAGUGCAGGUUUUAGGGAGUGUGAACUGAGGUCAGAUCAGGUUUUAGGGAGUGUGAACUGAGGUCAGAUCAGGUUUUAGGGAGUGUGAACUGAGGUCAGAUCAGGUUUUAGGGAGUGUGAACUGAAGUCAGAUCAGGUUUUAGGGAGUGUGAACUGAGGUCAGAUCAGGUUUUAGGGAGUGUGAACUGAAGUCAGAUCAGGUUUUAGGGAGUGUGAACUGAGGUCAGAUCAGGUUUUAGGGAGUAUGAACUGAAGUCAGAUCAGGUUUUAGGGAGUGUGAACUGAAGUCAGAUCAGGUUUUAGGGAGUAUGAACUGAGGUCAGAUCAGGUUUUAGGGAGUAUGAACUGAAGUCAGAUCAGGUUUUAGGGAGUGUGAACUGAGGUCAGAUCAGGUUUUAGGGAGUGUGAACUGAAGCUGAAAAGUCGUCUUUUGACUCUUUUGACUCAUGAACUGUUUUAAAGUAAUCAGGAUCUUUUUGUACUUCACUGCUUUUAAAAUCUAAAUUGUUUAUUGAACUCUGGAAAUAAACUUUUAAAUAAAACAU